AUGUUGUACACCUUGCUUACUGCAGUUGGUCUUUACACCUGUGUCUUCUGGUUGUAUGAAAACCUCCGUGCACCAGUUCUUCUGAUUUUGCUAAGCCUCAAGAACCUCGUACAGGGACGCAAGCUCUCCGAACGUUAUGGAAAAUGGGCUGUCAUUACUGGUGCGUCAGACGGAAUCGGCAAAGGUUACGCAAACUACCUGGCUAAGAAAGGAAUGCCCGUGGUGUUGGUCGCGCGAAAUGAGUCGAAGUUGAAACAAGUGGCAGAUGAAAUCAAGACCAAGCAUGGUGUGGAAACGAAGAUCGUCGUAGCUGAUUUUUCCCAUGGACAGGAAAUCUAUGCGCAUUUGGAAAAAUCACUCCUUCCAUUGGAUAUCGGCAUUUUAGUAAACAAUGUGGGAGUGACGUAUGAAAGGCCUAAACCGGUGUACGAAUUGUCCAAGGAAGAGCUGUGGAAUCUGAUCAACGUGAAUGUCGCUUCAACAACCCUCCUAUGCUCUAUGCUGGCUCCUGCGAUGAAACAACGUGGUCGCGGGCUUAUAGUCAACAUAUCCUCCAUGACCGCGGUCUGCCCUAUGCCCUACCUUACGGCGUACGCGGCCACGAAGGCCUACGUCACGAGCUUCUCCAUGGCCCUGCGGGAGGAGCUGAAACCGUUCAACGUGGAGGUCCAAACAGUACUCCCAGGAGUCGUUCAUACCAACAUGACGGAAUUCAUCGCGUCUGGGUUACAAGACUCGUUUUACAGCAAAUUCCUGGUCAGCGUGGACGGUUAUCUUUCUUACGCAGGAUACACGCUAGGAAAACUGGACAGGACGACUGGCCACUGGUCGCAUGGACUUCAGACGGCGGGCUUGUAUCUGUUUCCAGAAUUCUUGCGGAUAUAUAUCGCUGGCAAACUAAACAAAACUAUUGGAGAUGAAGUGAAAGCUAGUAGCAAAAUGAAAUCUCGUUAG